UCUGGCGGUGACACACACAAGAUAGCAAAACCCUUGCGAACGGAGCUUGCAAUUCAAGUGGGUCAAAACCCUUGAUACGAUCCGUUGUAAUAUCACUCACUGGAUAGACUGGGAGGAUAGUCUCCGUCAGAAAGAAAUACAAAACCGAAAAUGGCAACGGCGUACAGAUUAGCAGCAAUGGCGAGUGCGAGGUCUGUGGCCUCUCGUCCAAACUCGGUACUCAGAAGAACUAUGGCUGCUCCUAAACCAAUUCCAACUUUCCCUUUUUCUUCUUCCACCUCACCCCUCCCUCGAGCUGCCUCCAGGGUUGUUGCGGCAAUGGGGAGCGUGGAGUCGAUGAUGCCGCUUCAUAGCGCCAUAGCUUCAGCUCGUCUCAGGUCCAGUAUUGCCUUUGAUUCCUCGUGCUGGAGCUUCCUCUCUCAAGGACUUGCAAUACCUUUGUGACAAGAUUUCGCUGGGGUACCACCAGAAGGCAAUUGGAUACUUCCUUUUUCUUUUUUGGUUGAAGUUCCUGUACCCCUUUUGAUGUUGGAAUUAGAUUGAUUUCAAUAACUAGCUUGAGUUUGCUGCUUUUGGGUAAACACCCGCUGAUAACAAGUGAUAUUAUUUGCUUCCCAUUUGCCCCAAUGAUGAUUGUGUUUCAUGUUGCUGAUUGGGAUAUGGAGGAAUUCUGUCUUGGAUUCCUUUUGGGUGAGGUUGAAGGGCAGCCUUUUCUGUAUAAUUUCAUUUGUCUAUUCUUCUCUGGUUUUUUGAGACUUUAUUCUUCUGACUGCUGGUCUUCUCUGCUUGUACUGAAGAAUCUUUCUUCUUUUACUAAACAGGCUUGAGUGGGUAUUUUUCCAGAAGUAUGUAAGAGGAUUAUAUAUACCUAACAAUUUCUUUGUCCAGAAUCUGCUGAAUUUUGAGUUUUGAGGUGGCUAUUGUUUUA